GCAUAACUUAAACAUAAAAUUAGUUGUGGCGUUGAAGAGAAACGAAUCUGACACGUGGUUUAGCGAGUGUGAGAAAUGGCGAAGAAGGAAGCAUCAACAGAGAACGGUUUCAGCUUCACGAGAAGCGCAAGCAGCAAUGCCCGUAACGGCCUCGCUAGGAUCCAAACCCAUACCAACACGCCGGAGGUCUGUCACGACGACAGCACCCCUCCGGUGAGAGCCCAAACCAUUCACGACCUUCACUCUCUCCAGAAGAAGAAGUCAUCUGCCCCCUCCACUCCCAUCACUUCUUCUUCAGCCACCUCUCCCUUUUCCACCAUUCUUGAAGAGGAACGCCAGCGCCUUCAACUUCAAUCCAUCAGCGCGUCAUUAGCGUCGUUGACUCGGGAGACAGGGCCUAAGGUGGUGAGAGGAGACCCUGCUAGCAAGGUGGUGACUCAUCAUCACCAUGAUCAUCACUAUAUUACUCCUACCUUUGAUGCUAGUGACAGUGCUCUCAAAUUCACCCACGUUCUCUACAAUCUCUCUCCUGCUGAAUUGUAUGAACAAGCAAUUAAGUAUGAGAAAGGAUCGUUUAUUACGGCAACGGGAGCAUUAGCCACACUUUCGGGUGCAAAGACUGGACGGUCUCCCAGAGACAAAAGGGUUGUGAAAGAUGAGUCCACUGAGCAUGAUCUUUGGUGGGGCAAGGGCUCACCUAAUAUUGAAAUGGAUGAGCAUACUUUCUUAAUCAACAGAGAAAGAGCAGUUGAUUACUUGAAUUCCCUUGAAAAGGUUUUUGUGAAUGAUCAAUUUCUGAAUUGGGACCCAGAACAUAGAAUCAAGGUCCGAAUUGUAUCAGCAAGAGCUUAUCAUUCCUUGUUUAUGCAUAAUAUGUGCAUUCGACCAACUCCUGAAGAGCUAGAGGAAUUUGGGACCCCGGAUUUCACUAUAUACAAUGCCGGACAGUUCCCUUGUAAUCGGUACACGCAUCACAUGACUUCAUCGACCAGCAUUGACAUCAACAUAGCAAGGAAAGAAAUGGUCAUCCUUGGCACACAAUAUGCUGGUGAAAUGAAGAAAGGUCUUUUUAGUGUUAUGCACUACCUCAUGCCGAAGCGCAAUAUUCUCUCGCUUCACUCGGGCUGCAACAUGGGAAAAAAUGGCGAUGUUGCGCUCUUUUUUGGAUUAUCAGGUACUGGAAAGACAACUCUUUCUACUGAUCAUAACCGGUAUCUAAUCGGAGAUGAUGAGCACUGCUGGAGCGAAAAUGGGGUGUCGAAUAUUGAAGGAGGUUGCUACGCAAAGUGUGUUGAUCUUUCAAGGGAAAAGGAGCCAGAUAUUUGGAAUGCUAUCAAGUUUGGGACUGUGGUUGAAAAUGUUGUUUUCGAUGAGCAUACUCGGGAAGUAGAUUUCUCAGACAAAUCCGUAACCGAGAACACUCGUGCAGCUUAUCCUAUUGAGUACAUACCUAAUGCUAAGAUACCAUGUGUUGCUCCACAUCCAAAGAAUGUUAUCCUUCUAGCUUGUGAUGCAUUUGGGGUGCUCCCACCAGUAAGCAAGUUGAGCUUGGCACAAACAAUGUACCAUUUCAUCAGUGGCUACACGGCACUGGUUGCUGGGACUGAGGAUGGUAUAAAGGAGCCACAAGCGACCUUCUCUGCUUGUUUUGGGGCAGCAUUCAUAAUGAUGCAUCCUACCAAAUAUGCAGCUAUGCUAGCCGAGAAGAUGCAGAAGCACGGUGCUACCGGAUGGCUUGUCAACACCGGCUGGUCAGGAGGAAGAUAUGGAGUAGGCAAUAGGAUAAAAUUAGCAUACACAAGGAAAAUCAUAGAUGCCAUUCACUCCGGGAGCCUCUUGAAUUCAGAGUACACAAAGACUGAGGUAUUUGGACUUGAGAUCCCAACAGCAAUUGAGGGUGUCCCUUCUGAAAUAUUGGACCCUGUGAACACUUGGGCUGAUAAGAAGGCAUACCAAGAUACUCUUAUGAAAUUAGCGAGUCUUUUCAAGAAGAACUUCAACGGAUUCAUAAGCUACAAGAUAGGGACAGAUCAGAGUUUGACAGAAGAGAUUCUGGCAGCUGGUCCUACCUUGUGAUUGCAUUUGGAACACUUUAAACUAAGAAAUGGACCCAAGUUUCUGAAUAUUCCAUCCAUUAUAUGUUUGAGUUUCACUGAAAGAUGAUCAUUUACAUUUUAUGUACCCUUUCAUGCAUCUGUCUGUAUAUUUGUUAUUCUGAGCGAGGUUAUUACAUAUUUAGAAUUUUGCAUUAUGAGGCUACGGUCUCUUCUCUUGGCUAUAUUUGAAUUGAAGUGUGGUAUUGAAAAGACA